CACUAACAUAAAUUUCAUUAUUUUUUUCUCUCCUUAUUAUCACCUAGCUCUUCUUCCUCUCAUCUUUCAUGUUCUUGAAGAAUUAGAUUAAUGGCUGUUCACUGCAAUUCAAUAGCUCAAAUCCCACUUCAGAAAUAUAAUCAUUCAUUUGUGAAAUAUUCAAACAAUUUGUUGUUGUCCAAACGAUGCUAUGGUCCACAAAAAAAGUCAUCAGUUGGUCCAAUAGUAUUGAAAAUCACAGCAUCCAUCAAGAACAAGGUUUAUGAGGAUGAAUCUCAAGGCAUGAUUUGCUACCAAGAUGAAAAUGGAGAAAUAAUUUGUGAAGGGUAUGAUGAAGGGCCUUCUUGUAGACAAAUUUCAAGACCAAUCCAACAAUCAAGGGAUGUGGAAAUUGUGAAUCUUCUAAAGAAAAGUUGGUUUCAAAUUGCAAAAGGUGAAGAAAUUGAUGAUGCAGUUGAAGGUGGUCGUUUGCAAGAGGAUUUAAUUUGAAUUUCACAAUCAAAUGGUUUUCUUAACUUGUUUUGACUAAUUAAUCUGGCUUUUGUCACACUCUUAGCUUUGAUGUUUGAAUAGUGUGAUAAUAAUAUGAGUAUGUAUUAUAAAGUGUGAAUAGUGAAUCAAAUAGCACAUGCCACAUGAUGUGUAGUAGGUUUGUUCCUGCAGCACAUUUUUUAUUUUUAUUUUACUUGCAAGCUGUACAAAUUAAUAAUAGCAAUGUUUUUCUCAGUUGCUUUUUAUCAA